UUGGUACACCUUAUUAUAUGUCUCCAGAGAGAAUACACGAAAAUGGUUACAACUUCAAAUCUGACAUCUGGUCUCUAGGCUGUCUGCUCUAUGAGAUGGCUGCACUGCAGAGUCCUUUUUAUGGUGAUAAAAUGAACUUGUACUCCCUGUGCAAGAAGAUAGAACAGUGUGACUACCCACCUCUCCCUUCAGAUCACUAUUCGGAGGAACUGCGACAAUUAGUUAAUAUGUGCAUCAGCCCGGAUCCCGAGAAGCGUCCAGACAUAACCUAUGUCUAUGAUGUAGCGAAACGUAUGCAUGCACACACUGUGAGCAGCUAA